GGAGCAACGCACAUGUGUUUGGACCAAGCGAGCGAGCGUGGUAGUGGGAGCUGCAAACGUGUUCGGUUCUCAGUGAGUGCAACCCGACGAAGUUACCGUGGCAGCUGCUAGUAAGCCGCAGGAACCGGCUGUGAUCCGGCGGGUGGAGCUGACGGCGCUGUGAGAGCAGGACGCGGACGGCGGGCUCUAUCCGGGCUGAACAGUGUUACACAAACGCUUUCAGCCGUAGUUUGUGGCAGACAGAGAAGCUCGCAGUGACGGAGGUGCGGGUGUGACUGUUCAGUCUGAAGAGAUGAAGAAGCGGCUGGUGAGCUCAAAGAAGCAGCCAGAGAGCAGCAGCGCGGAUGAGGACUCUGAUGUGGAGAGGAACUUCACACUGCUCACUGGAAGAACACUGACUGAGGAGGAAGAGCAGCACCAUGGAGGAGGAGAGGAGGAGGAAGAGUCUGAUGGUGGUGGUGAUGAAGAUGAGGAAGGCUCAGAUGGUGGGGAUGAGACAGAAUCUGAUGAUGACGGAGAAGCAGAGGGCGAUGAAGAUGAGGAUGGCGGCAGUGGAGCCUCUGAGAAAGAAGAGGGUGAUAAUGAGGCCGAGUGUGCUGGUGGCAGCCGGGACGUCCAGACCAAAGAAGCCAUUAGGAAAGAGCUGUCCAACAUGUCCUUUGAGGACAUCGAGAAGCUGCAGAACAAGGUGGGAACCAAAGUUUACAACGAGGUCGCCUACGGCAGCAGCAAGACUCCAGAGGCCCGCACGAAGAAACGGCUGAACAAGAACAGGCCAGUGGAAAUCUCAGCCAAGAAACCAGCACCGUUCCUCCGGCAGGUCAUCCCCGUCAGGAAACCAACGCUGAGAGAUCCUCGAUUUGACGACCUGUCCGGAGAAUACAAACCUGAGAUUUUUGAGAAAACGUACAAGUUCAUUAAUGACAUCAGACACAGAGAGAAAGAGGUCGUCCAGAAAAAGCUGAAGAGGGUAAAGAAAAGCACCCAGAAGAAGGAGAAACUGCAGCUCCUUCUGAAGAGGAUGGAGAACCAGGAGCGAGCGAGGACGAGCCGAGAGCAGCAGAGAGAGAGAGAGCUGCAGCUGAAGAGGCAGCAGAGAGAGCGAGCCAGUCAGGGCGGGCAGCCCUUCUUCUUCAAGAAAUCUGAUGUGAAGAAGCUGCAGCUGGCUGAAAAAUACCAGGAGCUGAAGAAGAGCGGCAAACUGGAGAACUUCCUGAGCAAGAAGAGGAAGAGGAACGCCACGAAGGACCGCCGAAAGCUGCCCAAACAGCUGCAGAGCGAGAAGGCAUCGGGUCACUGAAAACAGCCGGUCCCCUCUGCUUCACUCGCUCACGUGAACGCUGAACAAGCUCAGCUGACGGAGCUGCUGGAGUCUGUGUGACUCCAGCAGUUCAGUCACUGUGAUAAUUCUUUGAGUGCUUUAAUGCACAGAGACGCCCAAAACACACAGGAGUGGGUUUAAACGCUGGAGGCAGCAGUGCUGAUCCACUGUCUCCACUGUGAACUCCGUACUUCAGUACCU